AUGGAGGAUGAUCCGGGAACCACUCGGGCCAUUCCAGGGAACCAAACAGGCCUUCCAGCAACAAUGGGAUCCAGGCAAGGCUCCAGGGGGCCUCUGGGAGCAGGGCGGGCCUCUGUGGGCUCCUUCAGCCUUGCUCCAUAUCUAAGGUGCCUUGUUGACUGUUUGAAGGUCAUUGUUGGGGCCCUACUACGCUCAGUGAAGAAACUGGUGGAUGUGAUGAUUCUGACCGUCUUUUGUUUGAGCAUUUUUGCUCUGGUGGCUCAGCAGCUCUUCAUGGGAAGUCUCAGGUACAGAUGUAUCAGGAAGACCUGUUUGAGAUAUGAAUACGAAAACUGCACUGAAAAGAAAAGUGAAGGUUCAUCUGAAGUAAGAUUAUGUGGCACCUGGAUGGGGAACAGAUCAUGCUGCCCUGACUUUGUGUGCUGUAAAACGAAGAUCAGCCCUGAUUACAGUUUUACAAACUUUGACCAUUUUGGUUGGGCCUUUCUUAGCAUGUUCCGAGUGAUGACUCAGGAUUCCUGGGAACGCCUUUAUCAGCAGACUCUGCGAGUUGCCGGGCCAUAUGCCGUGGUCUUUUUUGUGGUCAUCAUCUUCCUGGGCUCCUUUUACCUGAUUAACCUGACCUUGGCUGUUGUCACCAUGUCAUACGAAGAGCAGAAUAAAAAUGUGGCGGCCGAGACGGAAGCAAAAGAGAAAAUGUUCAAGGAAGCCUUGCAGCUACUGAAGCAAGAGCAGGAGACUCUAGUUGCUAUGGGAAUUGAUAGGAGUUCACUUAAUUCCCUUGAAACAUCCUCCAUUUCUUGCCAAAAGAGAAGCCUGUUUGGCAACAAGAAGAGGAAAUCUUUCCUUGUGGCAAAUUCUGGGCAAGUUCCAGGGCCACCAUCUGAUCCUGAUGAAAGUGUCCAAACAAAGCAGCAGAUUCUGAGCCAAACCAAGCGCCUAUCACAGAACUUAUCCCUGGAUUAUUGGGAUGAGCACAAAGACACCUUUCAAAGGCAGCGAGCCCUGAGUGCCGUCAGCAUUGUGACCAUCACCAUGCAGGAGUAUGAGAAAUCACAACAGAAAUGCCUUCCUUGCCGGAAUAACUUUGCCUCCAGAUAUCUCAUUUGGGAGUCCUCUCCUCUGUGGCUACGCAUUAAAAGAGUGGUGGAAUUUGUUAUUAUGGAUCCCUUUGCUGACCUGGCCAUCACCAUUUGCAUCAUCCUCAACACUGUAUUCAUGUCAAUGGAACACUAUGGACAGGGAAAAGACUUUGAGAAAAUGCUCAACAUAGGAAAUUAUGUUUUUACUGGAAUUUUUGUAGCAGAAAUGUGCCUCAAAAUUAUUGCCCUGGAUCCAUACUACUAUUUUCUCCGACCCUGGAACAUUUUUGACAGUAUCAUUGUCAUUCUGAGUCUUGUGGAAAUAAUAAUUUCAGAGGUUCUUAAAAAAGGAAAUCUGUCAUUAUUGCGCUCCUUAAGGCUGCUGAGAGUUUUCAAGUUAGCGAAGUCCUGGCCGACACUAAAUACUCUCAUUAAGAUCAUCGGCCAUUCGGUGGGCGCUCUGGGGAACCUCACUCUGGUCCUGGCCAUCAUCGUCUUCAUCUUCUCGGUCGUGGGCAUGCAGCUGUUUGGGAAUUCCUUCAGCGCAGUCCUCCCACGGGACAAUUCUACCCAAGAGCCAAGACGUCGGCGCUGGCACAUGGGAGAUUUCUUCCACUCCUUCUUGGUGGUGUUCCGCAUUCUCUGUGGCGAAUGGAUCGACAACAUGUGGGAGUGCAUGCACAACUCUCCCCACAUGCUGUGCAUUCUCGUCUUCUUGCUGAUCUUGGUGAUUGGGAACUUGGUGGUACUCAAUCUCUUCAUUGCUCUCCUGCUAAACUCUUUCAGUUCUGAGGAAAAAGAAGGGAAUGGACCUGGAGAGAUGAGGAAGACCAAGCUGCAGCUUGCUUUUGAUCGGUUUCGCCGGGCAUUUUAUUUUGUGAAACGUACCAUCUGUCAUUUUUGUAGCCGUCCUUUCAGGAAGCAAAGGUCUAGGAAACUAAAAGAUGUGUCCAAGAGAUGUAAAGUUCAGGAUAAAGACAUCAUUCCACUGGAAUCAGGAAUAAACCAAGAGCAAACAAACCAUGAAAAAUUUUGUUCUCAGGAUCAGGACAGUUCCUUUGGGUUCACCAGGUAUGCUCCAUCUAUUAAAGCUCCCCUUGCGGAAGAAGAAGAAGAUCAAGAGUUUAUGGUUGGAGAGGUGCCCCAGAGUGUCAUGGAAACAGAAUUUCAUAAACAGGUGGAAAAAGAAUGUGUCAGUCCCGGAGCCAUGAGUGGAGACAUUGAUGUAUUUUUUGAAGAUGGCCAUGAGUUGGGAGCACAAAAAUUAAAAGAGAGGUUUGAAGUCACCAGCUAUCUCUCAGACUGCAGCACCAUCGAUCUAAAGGAUCUAAUUUUGGUGGUUCCUGAAAUGCUACCUCAAAAGGGGCCCGAGAGAUGUUUGCCCAAAGGCUGUAAUAAAUACUUCCCAUGCUUUGCACUGAAUGUAAGAAAGUCUCCUGGAAUCCUUUGGCUGAGACUAAGGAUAACCUGCUACAAAAUUGUCAAGCACAACUGGUUUGAGAGUUUCAUUAUCUUCAUGAUUCUUCUGAGCAGUGGAGCACUGAUAUUUGAAGAUUGUUCCCUUCAAUCAAAACCCAAAAUUAAGGAAUUGCUGAAUUUUACUGACAGAGUUUUUACCUAUAUUUUCACCCUAGAGAUGUUCUUAAAAUGGGUGGCAUAUGGAUUUAGGAAAUAUUUCACCAAUGCAUGGUGCUGUCUCGACUUUCUCAUUGUAAAUGUGUCUAUUAUAAGCCUUAUUGAUGAUAGUCCAGGCUCACCAAAAUCUUUUAAUGUUAAAUCCUUUCGAACCCUGAGAGCUCUGAGGCCUUUGCGAGCCCUGUCCCAGUUUGAGGGCAUGAAGGUCGUCGUCAAUGCCCUCAUUGGGGCCAUCCCUGCCAUCAUGAACGUCCUGCUCGUCUGCCUCAUUUUCUGGCUCAUCUUCUGUAUGUUAGGGGUGAACCUUUUUGCUGGGAAAUUUGGAAGGUGCAUCAACCAAACCAAAAAAGAUGAACUUGUAGACUAUAAGAUCAUUAAUAACAUGGCAAUGUGCAACAGCAGUCAAAACCCUCAUGUGUGCUGGAUUAACACUAAAGUCAACUUUGAUCACGUUGGAAUUGGCUACUUGGCCCUCCUGCAGGUGGCAACAUUUAAAGGUUGGAUGGAAAUUAUGUAUGCAGCUGUAGAUUCAAGAAAGGUAGAAGAGCAGCCCUUCUUUGAGGCAAAUGUUGCUGCAUAUCUCUACUUUGUUGUUUUUAUCAUUUUUGGCUCAUUCUUCACACUGAAUCUUUUCAUUGGUGUAAUCAUUGACAACUUUAAUCAACAGCAAAAAAAGAUAAGUGGCCAAGAUAUCUUCAUGACAGAAGAACAGAAAAAAUACUAUAAUGCAAUGAAAAAGCUGGGAUCAAAGAAGCCCCAAAAGCCGAUUCCAAGGCCCUCGAAUAAAUGCCAAGCUUUUGCGUUUGAUGUAGUUACCAACCAGGCCUUUGAUAUUUUCAUUAUAACCCUCAUUUGCCUGAAUAUGGUUACCAUGAUGGCAGAAACCGACUCCCCUGAAGGACCAAACAAACAAAGAGAAAACCUUCUAGAAACCCUCAACCGAGCCUUUGUUGUCAUCUUCACAGUCGAGUGCCUCUUGAAAAUCUUUGCUCUGAGGCAGUUCUACUUCGCUAACGGCUGGAACUUAUUUGAUUGUGUGGUCGUGGUGCUCUCCAUUGUUAGCAGUAUGGUGGCUCUACUGGAAAAGAACAAAUCCAUUCCCUUCCCUCCCGUGCUCUUCAGAGUCAUCCGCCUGGCUCGCAUCGGCCGCAUCCUCAGGCUCGUUCGAGCAGCUAAAGGAAUCAGGACCCUUCUUUUCGCAUUGAUGAUGUCCCUCCCUUCCCUAUUCAACAUCGGGCUGCUUCUCUUUCUGGUCAUGUUUAUCUAUGCCAUUAUCGGGAUGACCAACUUCUCCCACGUGAAAUAUGACGCGGGGAUCGAUGACAUGUUCAACUUCCAAACCUUUGGAAGCAGCAUGCUCUGCCUCUUCCAGAUCACUACAUCAGCGGGCUGGGAUGCCCUCCUCAGUCCCAUGUUGAGUUCAAGAUCUCCGUCUUGUAGAGCCAAGGACUCAAACGACCUUAAACCAAGCGGUGACUGUGUGAGCUCGGUCAUGGCGAUCGCGUUCUUCGUCAGCUACAUCAUCAUCUCCUUCCUAAUCGUGGUGAACAUGUACAUCGCCGUGAUUUUAGAAAACUUCAACACGGCCACGGAAGAGAGCGAGGAUCCCUUGAGUGAGGAUGACUUUGACAUAUUCUAUGAAACGUGGGAAAAAUUUGAUCCCGAAGCAACCCAAUUCAUUGAAUAUUCAGCCCUCUCGGACUUUGCUGAUGCCCUGCCAGAUCCUUUACGGGUGCCCAAGCCAAACCGAAAUCAACUUCUGAUGAUGGACCUGCCCAUGGUCAGUGGCAACCGCCUCCAUUGCAUGGAUAUUCUGUUUGCUUUUACCACGAGAGUCCUGGGAGACUCGGAGGGAAUAGAUUGCCUUAAAAGCCAGAUGGAAGAGAAAUUCAUGGAGGCCAACCCUCACAAGAAGUUGUACGAGCCCAUCAUGACCACCACAAAACGCGUGGAAGAAGAGCGCUGCGCCGCUGUCAUCCAGAAGGCCUAUCGGCACUACUUGCAGAAGAAUUCUGCCAAGAAAUUAGUCACUUCCUUACCACAUCAGAUGGUUUGUAAUGGAGCUAUUGAUACCUUAGAAGUGCCUGAUGGGAAAGUACACUUUGACUGA